AUGGUGUGGACCAAUACAGUGCCCAUGACUUCCCAGGCGCGACUUACGCUCGGGUCACCGGGGCCGUGCGUCAAUAAUGCACCUAUCGUUGAUUAUGAUGUAGGCUAUUACGAAUUCGAUGUAGCUCUGCCACCUACACCCGGUGGUUACACUAUCGCCUAUCAACGCUGUUGCCGCAUCGCCGGUAUCAAUAAUGUGCUUGGAUCGAGUAAUAUUGGAGCAACUUAUACCGCUAUUAUUCCAGGUACAUCUGCUUCAGCAACCGGACCAGUGAAUAACAGCGCCCGCUUUACCGGAGCAGAUACGGUGAUCGUAUGCGCAGGCGGUGGACAGGGACAGGGAGUAGGACCAAACAGCGCAGCGCCUAACCCGCCUGCAGCUCCACCGUAUGCAUCUGUGCCUUAUAGUCCAACCUACAACAGCACGGCUCCUCUCGGUGCCAAUAUCACCAUCAAUAGCGCCACCGGUUUGAUUUCAGGAAUUGCCCCACCCAUCGGAAUAUAUGUAGUGACCGUUUGUGUUUCUGAAAUACGUGACGGAGUAGUGAUCGCUACCCAGCGUAAAGACCUGCAAAUAAAAGCCGGUGAUUGCGACGUAGCCAGCGCGACAUUAAACCCUGAAUAUAUCAGUUGCGAUGGUUUCACCGUUAAUUUCGCCAACUUAAGUAACAGCCCGCUGAUCAAUGCUUAUACCUGGUCAUUUGGUGAUCCGGCAAGCGGUGCCAACAACACAUCCAACCUUGCGGCGCCAGUACAUACUUUUUCAACCGCUGGUGAUUACACGAUCAAGUUGAUCACUAACCCCGGCCAGGAAUGUUCUGAUUCUACCACCGCCAUCGUAAAAGUAUGGCCCGGCUUCUUCCCUGAAUUUUCAUCAUCAGACAACACGACAACAGUGUAUGGAGUAGUCGAUAGCUGGCGAUGGGACUUCGGUGAAGCAACUACUAUUGACGAUACAUCACGGGUUAAAAAUCCAUCGUGGACCUAUCCACUCGCCGGUCCAAAAGAUGUGCGCCUCAUCGUCACCAACAGCAAAGGCUGUGUUGACACCAUAAACCAUGUUGUCGAUAUUAUUGACAAACCACCUAUCACACUUGCCUUUCGCGAUACAUUAAUAUGCGUUCCCGAUGCGGUGCAACUGCAAGCCAGCGGCACUGGCACAUUUAGCUGGUCACCUAAUACCAAUAUCAUUAACGCCAAUACUGCAACACCAACAGUGAAUCCUGAUGACUGGAACGUCAUGAUCGAUACCAAUGUAAAGGGAUUUAUGUAUGUCGCGAAAGCGGUUUCCCAACUGAUGGUAAAACGCAAACAGGGUCAUAUCAUUAAUAUGGGAUCCAUUGCUGGAAAACAGGUCUAUGAAAAGGGCAAUGCGUAUUGCGCAAGUAAAUAUGCAGUUGAUGCCUUAAACCAGGCUAUGCGUAUUGAUCUCUUGCGUCACAAUAUCAAAGUGACCGGCAUUCAUCCCGGCGCUGCUGAAACAGAAUUUUCACUCGUUCGGUUUAAAGGCGAUGCCGAUACCGCCAAAAAGAUUUAUGACGGCCUGGAACCAUUGAGCCCGGAAGAUGUUGCGGACGUG